AUGAAAAUUUUAUAUGUAUGUGAUACUAGAUUUAACAUUUUUAAUUCUAAAGAAAAGAAAUAUUUAUUUAAAUACUGGUCAUAUUCUUUACAAGAUAUAAUAAAUAACAGGAAAUCUAGGGAUAUAAAAUUUUGGCUAGUUUGUAUAAAUCUAAUAGACUAUUUGGAUAUUUUAAAUUUUUCCGAUUUAUUUGAUUACGAACAUGUGAAAAUAGCUAUAGAGAAAAUUUCUUAUUAUUUUCAAUUAAAUGAUGAUGAUGAAAUAAAUGACAAAGAAGUUACUGUUGAUCCUUUAUUAGCGUUUCUUAAAAAUGCGGAAAAUAUUGUAAAAAUGAAAGAAUGUAAUAAAAUUAUAAUUUUAUCAUGCAAUAUUUAUAAAUGGAUCAACAAAAUUUCUGAAUUGAAAUUAAUAGGAGAUGUAUUCUACACUUUCUUAUGUGAAUUUUAUUUUUUUAACAUUCAGAACAAUAAGACAGAAACUUUAAGCAAAAUAAAACAAAUUAGUUAUGAUUUAGAUAAGUAUUAUAAUUUUUUUUUUAAAAAUAUUGAAUUAAAUAAAGUUAACAUUCUGCAAAUAUCAAAAGAAAUAUUAUCUAUAAAAUUCCUUGUUUCUUUUACAUUAAAUUUAAAAAAUGAAUUAUUAUUUAAAUGUGAAGGGAUACCUCUAAUAACAGAAAUAUGUCAUUCAUCUUAUGUUGGUUUAAAUAAGUUUUCAAUUGAAUUUGAUAUAAGAGCAAAAGCUUUAAAGGAUGGAAUAUCACAACAUUUAAUAUAUGGGAUACCCAUAUUUUUAAGCAGUAAAUCAUUUUAUAAGACAAAUUUAAUUUCAUUGUACUCUUUAUCCAAUGAAUUAUAUGAAAAGGAACAAGUUUUAAUACUAAGAUCGAAUUUAAAUCCUAUUGAUUUAAAAAUGCAUGAAAAAGAAGUUCGAUUUUUGUGGGUAGGUGUUCCUAUGAUUAAAGAAGAAAAAUCAAUAGCUUUAUGCUUACACGGUUUAUCAACACAAGAAACGUACUCUCUUGCUAUUGAAGAACGUUCACUAAGAAUAAGAACUCAAGAAAAUAUUUCAGAGACAAAAUUAAAAGAGAUGCUUAAUUUUUUAAUAUUAAUUGACGAAUUCAAUCCAUUAGAUUACAGCAAUCAAAGGUUUGAAUAUUCUUUUAAAUACUCCCGUAAUUCUUUGAUGGAUGUUUUAAAUAAGGAAAAAAACUUAAAAAAAAGGAAAAAAAAAUUUGCUAUUUUACAAAAGGAUACACACAAUUAUGUGGAAACACAAAAAGAAAUGUUAUCAAAAAAUGUUCCACAAAAUAAAGAUUUAAUAAAAAAAAAGGGCAUUGUCGACCCGAGAUCUCUACUUUUAGCUAAUAUGAAUAGAGCUUUUCAAAAAAAUAUUAUAUAG